UCAUUUCAGUGUGUUGUCAGCUUUUCUCAAUAAUUUUGUUCUUAUUUACUGUAAAUGGUGUGGAAUAUAUAAGUCCAGUUCAUUCACAGAGCGGUAUCCGUCACAUAAGAUGUUCAAUGUGAAUGCAGAUAAUCAGCAAUCAACAGGGAACAACGUGAAUAAUUUGAGCGCCAUUCAAGAAGACGAGACUUUGCAUCAAGGCCAUAGUCAAUUCCAUGUACACAAGAUUGUGGAACAAUUUUGCCGGAACACUCAUUUGCUAAAACUGAUCGAGGGUUGCGUACAAAAAUUCGUGGCUCAUUAUCAGGAUACUAAACGUCCGGAGGAUUUGCUAGCACCACUGCAACUUCGUCUGGAUUUUGUCGUAGGAGAUUUGGCAAAGCGUGCACCGCAACUGCUGAAACUGGUCAUACGGGAGCCCAUUCAGUUCGCAGAGGCUGUGAAAUACGCCGCAUUUGGUCUGGUGCGGCAACAAUUGCGUCUGCUUGGCCACAAGCCAGUGGAUAUUGGUCAAUUGCAUGCCCAAUGGCGUUUAGUGGGACUUCAAUUCCAUCCAAAUUUGCUCUUUGAUCCCGGUCAGCAAUCCUUCCCCUUGGGUUUGUCCUUUAUUCAGGGCAUACUCUCGGCCUAUACGCCACCGGAGACGCUUGUCCUACAAACAAUAUGGUUCUGUGGUAGUGGUUGCCUACGCAAUGCACUACAGACCAGCUCCACGGAUGCUCCUUUAUGUUCUAACUGUAGCCGGCCUAUGAGCGAGUAUCAAAAAUUGCGAGUCCUUGAAUCCUAUCGCCUGCUAGCAGUUCUCUCUAUAUCCAGCGUGCAGUCACCGCGAACUUCUGGUUGCAUUCAUCGUGCUAUAUUGGCUCGUGCAAGAGAUCAUACGUACGAUCUGGACUUGAAAUUGGGGGCAGAUUAUCUUCUUAGUGGCUAUUUUACGGCAUCAUCAGCGGCAUUUAAUUUUGAAAUAUGCCACCUAAGAAGAGUCUAG